UUGCGACUCGACGCGUUGCGUUUAGCGCGUUGCAGCGCUACCGCCUUGCUCUUCUUACUGUUGCGCAACGAGAAGCGCGCAGCGUCUCAGUGUGUGCACAAAGGCACAAGUGCAUUCGUAACACGAUGUAUCGCUGAAAAAAGUUCAACUUUUCCGCGAGAUACGUUGUUCUCAUGAAGAUUUCGCGGAAGAAGUUAUAUAAAAACAAUCCCCCGCACGAAUAACUUUGUAACGGCGAAAACAACGACGGGUGAGCGAAAAUUUUCGGGAAACGUUACUUGGCUGACUCAAACAAAAUGGCGACUAUCGUCUUCUUGGCGGUACUGUUUACUUGACCGUGAACGUUAUGUUUCUCGCGAAGUGUGGUACAAGAGGUGUUGUGUAUUUAACUUUCAUACCGUCGAUUAAUAUCAAUUUAAUCACACGAUUUUAAUGGACCGCGUGACGUUUGUGAUCUUUUAAGUUUCCGUGAUCGUGCGCCCGUAUAAUAGGUAAUAUCGCGUCAAAUGUGCAUGAUGCACGAUGUAACACGUCCCCGUGCUUUAUCGUUUCGUUCGUUUCCAAUUUUUUGUGGAUUUUUCAAGGAAUGUUAAAGACUCGUAGUGUAUUACUUGUGUCGAUGUUCGAUCUGGAUUGUACCACGUAGCAGCAAAAUUUAAUUUCCAUCUAGCGAGGAGCGUGCCUAAUUAAUCGGAACUUUUGCCUAUCCAUUCCGGUACACUCGAUGCCCAUUAGAACGUCGGUUUUCCCUAGAAAGGGCAUUCAUAACCUUUCUUUCUUCUGGACACGUUCGACUCGGGACACGGGUUAAAAGAAAUGUCUAGCUCCUAUGUUAUCGAGCCGCAGGACAGCGGAUCGGAAAAGAAGGACGAUACAUUAAUUAUUGUUGUUAACGAUGAUGGUACCAUAUCCGUCGACCAAGAAACCUUGCAGAGUUUAAUCAUGAAUCAAUCUAACGCAAAUGUCAGCGUUGUUAGAGUAGGGCAAGCUGAGGCAGAUGCAGAAAACGGAGACAUAACGCUGACCGUCGACCCUCCGCCUUUUACACCUGCUCCGAUAAAUACUGGGACCACAGCCACGGACGCUACCAGCUUCGUCGAUCCUUUUAUGGAGAUGGAUCCGGAACAGUUGGAAAGAUUGGAGACUGCCUUACAGAGCGAGGAAGCGAAACAAAUUCUGGGAGAAAAUGUUACAGCGAUGCUUGAUAUGUUAACAGUGGAGGAACAACAGAACUGUAUAAGGUACAGUGUUGAAUUGGAUCAUUGCUAUACGAGCAGAUCGUCGCCCGCCGAUCCAAAGCCGAAGGACCCCUUACCUACUACCGAUUCACCUACAUCCGUUGAAACACCGCAAUUUACGCGUCAACAUUCGCCUGUUCAUGGAACGUCCAACACGACGUCACCUAGUACCGAACCAGAGAGCAUAGCUACACCAAAGGCGAAGGUUAUCACAAAAACUAGUAAACCAGUAGGUCGUCCGCGGAAGAAUAUCACACCAGGUUCCGUAGCUGUGUCUAAUAAUUCGAGAUCGUCCAUCAAUAUAAUGACUACACCUAAGUCUGUUGGGCAUCCGGCAUCGAGGAAUUUAGGUGGAGCGUUACACCAAGGAAUUGGAAAACACCAAGGUAGGUCCAACGACGAGGAUGAAGAAGGCCCGUCGUCGUCGUCUACCGAAUCGUCCGAAUCGGAACCGCCGUCGGACAACGAUUCAGACUUUGGACCGCGAGGCCCUAGAAGAGGUGGCGUCAGAGCCAGAGGUGGCAGAAAAGGUCUUACUACCAGAGGAGGCAGUAUGGCGGCUACUCGUAGGAGAGGUAAACAAAUGGACAUGGAGCAAGUUCGUCGACUGGACAUGGAAAUGGCCGCAGCUGUGAACGCUAUGAAGAGUCCAGAAAAAGAUGACAAAUCGGGAGGAUUCAAUCUUGUAAGAGGUAAAAGACACUUCAGGUCUACUAUCGGAAGGAGGAAAGAAGAAUCGCCACGCGUCGAAUCAUCCGCGGUAAUAAACGAGGACACACCGGUUGCGUUCGAAAAACCGCUACAAACAACGAAUCAAGUGAAAGCGAAUUUGAUCAAUGCCAACAUGAUCAAAGGCGAUAUGAUCCUUACGAAGCCUGGACAGGGGAAGAGCAAUCAAAAAGUUACGUUCGUGCAAAAGCAGGUGCUAAUGAAGCCGAAUGACAUAAAAAACAUUGGCUUGAAGAAGCAAGUGAUGCUUCCGAAAGGGAAAUUUUUAAGUCAAGCUGGAACCAAGUUCUACGCGACCAAAGACGGCAAACUGGUUCAAGUACCGAUAACCGCCAAAGCCAUAACCUCCAACGUACCGGUCACUCAGGUCAAGAGCGCAGCGCCGCAAGUAUCUCCGACGCAAGUAUCUCCCGCCGUGGUUCAGAAUCAAACAUCGCCGUUGCAACAGCCACAGCCGCAGCAACAGUCGGUGAAAGUGAUCUCGCCCGUCACUACGUCGAAAAUGAAACCUUGCGACGUAAAGAAAGAAAAGAGAAAAUCCGACGGGUUAGACGUAGUCACGAAAACCGAAGUGGAUCCUGGAAAGGCGACGGAAAACAAGAUUCUGGACGAUUUCUUUUCAGGUUCAAAAAGGCAUCCAAAGAAAGAGACCCGCAAAUCGCCCGCGUGUAUAGUGGACAGUUUAGGACCCGCGUUAUUCUCGACCCCAGAUAUUAUUCGCCGUGUCGGUUCAAACGGUGAUUCGAAAAUACAAGAAAAUACAGUGACAUCGCCGAUUUCCACGACACCGGUAGCACAAUCGUCGUCGUCUUCGUCUUCGUCAUCCUCGUCGUCGUCCUCCUCCGCAUCGUCGAGUCGUUCAGAAUCUCAAGCAACCACUGAAAAGAAGGAAACUAGUGAUUCGUUGGUACAAUCCAACGAAGAAGAAUCUAAGCCGGUUAUAAAAGCUAAUGUACCAGAAGAAUUACAGUCUACUUUAGAAUCAGGUGGCAUAGAAGGCGAGGAACAGUUGCUAGCUACGUUGGAAAUGGAAGCUAGCAAGCACGAAGAAGAAUUACUCGCAGAAGCACUGUUGUUACAAGAGGAACUCGGAGUCGAUUUAGCCGACCAUACUGCGCUUGUUGAACAAGGAGGAACUACGUCCGAAUCGUUGCCACCAAGUAACACGCUCGUUCCGUCUCUGCUCACGUCUGAACCGGAAGUCACUAAAUCGGUGGAUGCUGCCACGACAGCAAUCACGACGACGACAAUGACGAGCCCGACAGCUGCUGUGACAACAACAGGCGCAAGUGUAGCCAGAGAACCGAUAAAGAAGUCUUCGAAGGAUGAGAAGGAACCUAUUCAGAUAAUUCGCGGUGGACGAGUAAUCACAUUACCCCCUAUCGAGGCCCCAGCUACUAGAAGUAAAAGGUUACAAGCAAAGGUCGAGCCUGCACAAAAGACAUUUAACACGGUGAAACGAAUGGAGAAGUUCAGUGUGCAAACAGUACAGCAGAGAUCGUCGCAAUCCGCCAAGCAUGACAGUCGUAUGAAUGUAAUCCAUAAUGAGGAAAAUGAACACGAGGGAAUGAUGUUAGAUAAGAGGCACGACGCGGAGGAGGAUGACGAAGACGUGCAAAAGCACGAUGGAGCGGACGAAGACGAAGAGGAGGAGGAGGAUGAGGAGGAUGAUAAUUCGGACUCCGAGGAUGAUCCUGAUAGGCUUUGGUGUAUAUGCAAACGUCCGCACAACAAUCGUUUCAUGAUAUGUUGCGACGUUUGCGAGGAUUGGUUCCAUGGAAAAUGCGUACACGUUAGCAAAGCAAUGGGUCAACAAAUGGAAGAAAAAGGAAUAGAAUGGGUUUGUCCAAAUUGUUUGAAGAAAAAAGACGAGGAGGUAAAGAACAAGGCGAACGUGCAGAGUACGACCGGGAAGCAACGGAUUCAAUCGGACGCUGCACACGACAACUCUAUCGUUCUGAAAACUCUCAGUUCCCCGCCUCAGCAUCAAGCAUCGUCUCUGAUCUCUUCUGCUUCCGAUUAUGGCGGUGUUCAAUAUUCCAGCGGCAUGCAAUGUGUCGUUUGUAAAAAAGAAGCAAGGAACUCCAGCAUAUACUGCUCCGAUGCCUGUAUACUAGCACACGCCCAAGAAACUUUGACCAAAGAUAAACCGUUGCCGGUGUCUGCGCCAAGCCCGAAAGCAACGAAGUCGUCGCUGUUCGACGCCGCUGCCGUCAAACCGAAGUCCGAGGCUAGAGUGAUAGUGUUCGAAACGACAACCGGAAAAGUGUUGACUGGUACGGACGCACCGACGAGAGCGAACUUACGUAUGUGGUUAAAAGAGAAUCCUACGUUCGAGGUGUUUGGCACGAACAACCUUAACGCGUUGCAACCAGGAAAAACACUUUCUACCAUUCAUACGCAAGUAUCGAACAAAACGGGAAAAACUACGAUACUGUCGGCCGGAAAGGGGCAAAAUGUUCCAAAGAUGACGUACACAAAAGUGCCGGGUUCGAAGCAAAUGAUUUUAACGGCAGGGAACAAGAAGUAUACGAUAAUCUCUAGCAGCGGGCAGCAGCCACAACAGCCGCAACAGCAGCAACAACAACAACAACAAGCUCAACCGCUGCACACGAAGACGAUACAGAUGAAACAGACGAUGAUAGCUCAGGGGGAAAAAGGUCCACUGAUCUUGAAGGUGGCGACACCGAAAUCGACCAAUCAAGUGCAAUUGAAGCAACAAACGGCGGUACCGUUGCCGAAGCAAUCACCGAACGUGAAGAAACAAGAGGUGAAACAACCAGUCGUGCAAUCUAAGCUACAAGUGAAACCGAGUCCGACGAGGAAACCUGAGAACGAACCAAUAAGGGUGAACAUACGAAAAACGUUGACGGAACUGUUAGCGAGUCGCAUAAAAGAGACCGACGACUUGAAGCUGACCGACGAGGAGAUCGCCGAGCUGGCCUUCAACAUCGAGUUGGAGUUGUACAAAUAUUUCAAAGAUACCGGCGCCAAGUACAAAGCCAAGUACAGAAGUCUCGUGUUCAACAUAAAGGACACGAAGAACUUGACCCUGUUCCGGAAAAUAGCCGACAGAUCGUUGACGCCCGACGCCGUGGUGAGACUAAGCCCCGACGAAAUGGCGAGCCAGGAGUUGGCCGAGUGGCGGGAAAAGGAAACGAAGCACCAGUUGGAGAUGAUCAAGAAGAACGAGUUGGAUCUGAUGGCGCAGGCGAAGUCUAUCGUCGUGAAGACUCACAAGGGCGAGCAGAUUAUCGAGAACGACGGCAGUAUAGAGCGCGUGGAUCCCAAGACUCCCGUGCAAGACAUCGUGACCGCUUUGAACAGCGCCGACAGCAUAACCUCGACCGUGGACGACAUGGAGAAAGAGUUGGAAAGAAUGAACGACGAGGACAGGAGCUUCAGAGCGACGGAGGACGCGAAAAAGCUGAGGAACUUUGACGAUAAGAGGAGAAAGGACAAAGAGAAGGACAGGGGUCGGGAAAAGGAGAAAGGUGGCAAGGAGAAGGAGAGAGGAAGGGAGAAAGAGAGUCGUUCGAAGGGUAGACGGGAGAGGAGUAUCAGCAGAAGCAGACACAAGCACGGUAGGGACGACAGGGAACGCAGCAAGACCAGAGAGAAGAGCAGAGAACGGAAGACUCGGGACAAGGAGGGGAAACGCGAGAGGGAGAGGGAUCGCGAGAAGGGGAAAGAACGCGAGAGGGAGAGGGAACGGGAACGGGAGAAAUCGAAAGUACGGGAAAGGGGCAAUAAAGAGAAGGGGAAGCAAAAGGACAGGGAACGGGAACGGCACAGAAACAGCGACAACAAUUCGAGGAAUCGUAGCGGUUUGUUCGUUUAUGGGGAAUUGAAGGACAUCGACAAAAGCGACGAGUACGAUAAGAAAGAGGAACCGACAGGAUCGGCCGGGGCGUCGUCGGAGAAGUCGAUCGAGGAUCGACUCUGGCGGCACAUCGAGGACGAGGCCACUACGAACACCAUCGAUGGUAACGACUCGGACGUGUCGGACAGGGAGCCCACUUCGACGGUGACGAUCAAGACGCCGGACAUCAACGAAGAGGUGGAGAGGGAAAGGGAACAAGAACCGGUCACUGUCGAGAGGGACAUGCCGAAAGGAGCGUGGCAAACGGUUUGGAGGGGGUUCGUCAACAUGGUGGACGUCGCGAAAUUUUUCAUUACAGCGCAGGAGGUCAGCGGCCACGCGAAGGAUCUGAUGGACGAUCUGCCGGACACGGUGGACGUUGUCGGUAGGAUAAGUCACGAGACCGUUUGGGACUACAUCUCGAAGAUGAAGAAAACGGGUUCGAAGGAGAUCCUGGUGAUUCGUCUGACGGCGGCGAACGACGAAGAGAAGAUCCCGUACAUAACCCUGUACAGUUAUCUGAACAGCAGAAGUCGUCUCGGUGUCGUUGGAAACGUUUCGAAGAAUAUCAAGGAUUUUUACAUAAUGCCUUUCUCGAAUCAGAGCACGAUACCUUCGGUACUGUUGCCUCUGAACGGGCCUGGUUUCGAGGAGCACAGACCCCACCUGUUAUUGGGUAUAAUCGUACGUAACAAAAGAAAACGAUUCGCUGGCGUGCCCUCGUCUAGUAUACCGAUGAAACUGGCGAAAAAAGACAGCGAUCGGAGCUACACGCCACCUCUGGUCGCGGCUGCGAAGGAUAAAUCCAGUACCGCCAACGUGACGACAAUGAUCACGGCUACGAUCACGUCCGCAGCGACGCCAACGAUCGCGACAUCUUUACCGUCCUCGUCGUCGUCGUCUUCGUCUUCUUCGCCCGCACCGCCGAUGACCACGAACGCCUAUCUCAAAGCCACGGCCGACUCCAUGAAAGAGAAGCUUCCAGUCACGCAAACGACCCUCGACAGCUUGAACAGAGCGCACAUAGGGAUGUCGAGGAGUACGCUGCUCGACACCGCGGCCAUAUGCAAAAUCGUUCCGGAACUGUCUUCGAAGAUCGACCUCACUUCCUCGCCCGAUAAGACGACCCUCGACGACGACGGCGACGAACCGUACAGCCCCGGUCAGAUGGACGAAGAACAGAUCGAUUUCGAUCUACGUACCUCUUCCUCCACUUGUUCGACGGCCACGGCGAUACCGUCGAUGUCCAUGUCGAUGUCGAUGGGAAUCGACGGCUCGUCGAUCGAUAACGGUAUUAUUUCUUCCAGUAAAAAUUCCAACGACCUUCAGCGGAAGAUGGAAGAGCUCAACAGACAAAUCGAAGAACAGAAGCAACAAAUACAAAACAUUAGCUCGUCGUUUCUCGCCGAAUCAACGCCUACUUUGCCGGGCUUAGGGCUGGACCCACCCACCGGCGACGAAAACGACGAGGAAGCCUACAGCCCAUCGGACACGAGAUCGUUCACGCCGCCGCCGCCUUCCUCUGGUAUUUCGAAAUUUACGCAGCCGAUCCUCGACAAAGUAUCAAAUAUCACGAUACCAGCGAACUUGCAAGAGAUUCUGGCGAAUGUGAAGCGACAGGAGAGUUCGAAAGUAGACCCGUAUUUACCAUCAAAGCCUAGUGCCACGUUCUUGACUACCGUCAACUCUUCGAUUUACCAGAAUUCGGAAAAGUACUCUUCACCGUCUCCCGUAAAACUUUCAGUUAGCGGCUCGGGGAAGUCCGGUAGCGAGAAGUCGUCGCUCGACGCGACGAAUCAUCGAGAGUCGCUGUCGAAGGAGAAGGAAAGUAAGAGUACGUUGAGCUCGUUGAGCGACCUGGACUUGAUCAGAAAAGCGGAAGAGGAACUGGCGGCCGUAGCGGCCGCGUCGGCUGCAGCGGCGUCGGGGACCCCAGUGACCGAGAAACCGAUUCAGCCAGCCUUAUCCGCGACCACAGCUCUUCCAACGAUAGUAGGGACCCCCCCUCCUACGAUAAUACCGAUGUCCACGAAUCUCUCAGGUUUAGCCACGGCGACAGACUCACCCUACGAGGGUACCUCGUACAAGAACCCAUUCCCGGAAACGUUUAAACGAAACCUAGCCCCCGAACAGCCGAAACCCCCUGGCCUCGAAGACGAGGACUUCCCCCCGUUCCCGUCCACGCCCCCGAGCGUGGAAAGCAGCGCGUCAAAGACGAUGUCCCGUUCCAAGUUCGUUCCAAAGAGCGGUAUCGUAUUGAGCAUCAAACGAAAGGUCGACGAAUGCACCGCCGCUUCCGCCACGAACAAAACGCCAAGAGUUAAGUCGCGCUGGGGCCAGGGCCCUUCGGAUUCGGUCGACUAGCUUUCUCCGGACGAGAUGGGAGAGUAUUCUUCCGCGGAUGAUUGAUAUACCAUUGCACACGCGCGUUACACGGAUGGCUUGCAGAGCCGAUCGUCGACAUUUGUAUUCUAGACGCGGCGCACGUCCGGGUUCGAAAGUUGUGACCGAGUUCAAGCAUAUUCGUUGACAACCUAUUUUUCAAUCGGAACGAUUGAGAAGGAAAAUAUUCUUUUAUCGCACUCGUGCAUCGAUCGAGUUUACGUACUCUACAUAUAUAUAUAUAUAUAUAUAUAUACGGGGAACCUCGGUGUUUUGCGUUUAUUGUUACCGAUACGCAAAGAACAGUCACGUUUCUCGCCCUCGAUGCUCCGAUAGCGUUCCGACACACACACAGAUCACUUGUACAUACCAAAGCGACGGAAAUGAACGUUCUUGAAUGCUCGUCGAGCCUCCCCCCUCCCCCCCCCCCCCUGCUACGUGUACAUAAUCUUAUCAAAAAAUUCUGUAAUAUAUUGUUUAAAUUCACUCGAAAGGUUAACAUAUUAUAUAAUACAAGUGCGUGCGCAUUACGUGUGCAUGCUACCAAUGUAUAUAAGUUAGAUAUAAGGAUCUACGAAUGACCAGUGUCGAUCAAACGAUGGUUUUAUUUCUUGAUCAACUAGUAUUUUCGUACACUAAUUUCAGCAGUAGCGAUUUCGUACAGCGUAACUAAAACGACCCGUGAACGUUAACACGAUUUACACUUAACCUUCGUCGUUCUUUUCGUCCCGGAGAUUAAACGUUCAUACAACGGUAUAAUCGUAGAUUCUUCGACGCGCGAAAUGUUAAAUCGCUUAUAAGCUAGUACGACGAUACAAAUGUUUAUUUCUCUAUUUUAAUCAGAAUUUGAGAUCGAUGAAAGUCUUAACUAAACAAAACUGUAUCAAUUUUUGUUUUUUUUUUUUUUUUUUUUUUUCCUUUUCUUUUCGCAUUCGUUCUUUUUUUUUGAUUUUGUACGCACGUCUUAAUCUCGUUGUGAAAUGUGAUCGGUACACGAUGUUGCAAUGGAUGCAAGACUACGAUUAUUACGGCUACAGCUUUUAUGCUAAUCUUCCUUUUCUUCCAAUUCCGGCCUAUUCCAGCUGAAUUUUUCCUUCUGUCAAAACUAUCCAUAAAAAAAAAAAGGAACAACUCGGUACGUGCUUGUGAAGAAAUAAGAGGAAGCUCGAUAAAUGAUCGUAACUCCGUAGAUAUUACAGCGACGAUCAUAAACAACGUAUAGUUCGCGUUUUAUAACAUGUGCUGCGAAACUGCGCAAAUCGAACGAGGUUAUCGUUUAUUGAUAUACAAGCAACGUAUACGAAAGAAAAAAAAAAAAAGAGAUAAACAUUUCGAUAGAAGGACAGCCUCGCGGGAUUUCCAUUAUUUAUAGUCGAAUCUUAAUUACCGCACACAUGGAGCACUCUAUUUGUAACCGUAGUCGUGUAUCUUUAGAAUCCAUUUUAUACGAUUCAACCGUUAAAUUUAAUUUUUUUAUACACGUUUCCAAAUAGUGUGACACAAUAGCAAUUCACUGUGUAACGAUAUCAUUAUCAAUGUUCUUAGUGUUAUUUCCAUUAUUACUAUUAUCUUUGUCAUUGUUGCUAGAGCUACCGUUAUUAUCUUCGUCGUCGUGAACGUUGUCGUCGUUAAUAACCCAACGUCGUCACCAUCGUUAUUAUAAACAUUAAUUUUCCGAUUAUAAAAUGAAUUAUGUGCGACCGGUACUUUUUCGUUGGUUUGAUCGUUGCCUCGAUACAUUUUCAUUUGAACGAUAUUCGUGCGGCACAACAACUCUAACGAUAUUGAACCAGUUAUUUUUUUAAAUUCGAUAAAAGACUAACAUUCCGAAGAAUGUCGUAAACUUGUAUAACUGUUUCAAAUAUUGUAACACGACGUAUUUGGUUAAAUGUCAAUAAAAGGAAUGGCUUGGUAAGCAAGAUACAGCGAAUCGAUCUCAUUUUUUGCGUUAAUUAUACUGACAUAGUUGCAUCGUGCUCGUAUCUGCUGUAUUGUACGGCUGAUUUAAUAUUUCUUCACUUCAAUGCUACUCGUUUUUUAUUUCUAAUCGCGAGCUCCUGAUGUACGAUAAAUGUGAAUGACUUUACGCCAUCGC